CAGCUUUCUUUCGCGCGUGGAAUCAUGGAAUAACGCAAGAAGAGACAGUAGCACUCUCAUCAAAACGAUUAGAAGUUGAUUUAUUUAUUGAAGUCACCAUAACUUAAGAAGCCCUCAUCAGGUAAAAUGAUUCAUGUGUCCAGGAAAAUUAUGAUGUGCUUAGACUGCUGUCGUUGGAAACAAAAGUAUAGCGUAAAAGAUACAAAAGAAAAUAAAAAUGAAACCUCUACGACAAAGAUCAAUGAAGAAGACCAGCCUUGUUUCAAGCGCCGAUAUUAUAUUUCAUUUAUAGGAUUCCUAACGUAUCUCAUCAUGAAUGCUCAUCGAAUGAGUAUAAGUGUCGCCAUAGUAGAAAUAGUGAUUCCUCCAACCCAUAGAAACCUACCUGUUCCCCAUGUUUUGAAUGCAACACAGGAAAUAAAUCAUCAUAUUUCCCAAAGUGAAGUACAGACCACAGUAAAAUAUGACUGGAGCCCUCAAAUGCAAGGCAUCAUUUUGGGUGCUGGGUUCUUUGGAUAUGUUUUAACUCUGGCAGUUGGAGGAAAACUAGCAGAAACGUUUGGACCUAAAAUCACACUUUUUAGUGGAACAUUUGUUUCAUCUUUCACGACUUUGAUCACUCCUUUAACGCCAGCAGUACAUGUUUACUUUUUAAUCGUUAUUCAAUGUGUUCGAGGAAUUGCACAGGGGUUUAUGCUGCCAGCAACUAGUGUCUUAUCAGCAAACUGGUAUCCUAAAGCUGAAAGAGGAUUUCUGGUGGGUAUUGGACUUACAGGAUAUCAGCUAGGACGUUUAGUAGGAGGAGUCCUUUCAGGAUUGAUCUGUGACAGUACUUCGAUGGGAGGGUGGCCUUCAGUGUUUUACAUUUUCGGUGGAUUUGGAAUUUUUCUCUCUCUGAUUCAAUUAUUCACUGUUUACAGCAUGCCAAAGGAUGACCCAAAAAUUUCAAAAGCAGAACUGAACCACAUUCAAGCUGGUCAAGAAAGUGUAUUAACCCGGAAGAGACCACCUGCUCCUUGGAAAAAAAUAUUUACGUCCCUGCAGACGUAUGCUCUUAUAUUUGGCAUGUGCGGCCAGUACUGGGCCGGAAUAUACUUCACGUCUUCCCAUGCGACUUUUGCUGCAGACAUCCUUAAGUAUCCAGUUUCUCAGAAUGGACUUAUUGUUUCUACGCCGUAUAUCAUUCCUCUAGUCGUUGUACCAGGUGUGAGCUACUUGUCCUCAUGGUUAAAUAAAAAUAAAUAUUUAACUGUGAACAAAGUCAGGAAGCUUUGGAACUUGUUUGGGUCUCUUGGAUUUUCAAUUUGUCUUAUGGUUAUAAUACUAACAAAGUGUGAAAAAGUGGUCGCAACAGUCUGUUCCUUCAUUGCGGUAGCAACAUCGUCCAUAUCAAUAGUUACCACAAUGACUGUUCCUGUCGACAUGUCACCAACAUUCGCGGGAUCUCUGACGGGUCUGAGUAUAGGGAUAGCAUCUUUUGUUGGAUUCUUUGUUCCCGUUGUUUGUGGAGCUUUAACUAACAAAGAGCAAACAGUGGAGCAGUGGACAAUAUUCUUCAUCAUAUGUAUUGCAAUUGUCCUCAGCUCCUCGAUUUUCUUUGUUCUGUUUGGAUCAGCAGAGGUGCAAAGUUACAAUUAUUCAAAUAAAGAUUUACCAGAAAGUCUGAAAAAAGAAAACAACUUACCUCUCGAAAAGAAAGAUGGACUUGAAAAGGAAUCAUAAUAAAAACUAAACGUGAUAUGAAAGACGGCCAUUUUUACAGUUAAUCAAUGCUUAUUAUAAAUUAUUUCAGUUUCAUUUAUGAAAAUUAUACAUAAACCGCAUAAUGCAAGAACCGUUAAAUAUUUCAUAAUUACUUAUAAAUGCUAAAAAUAUUUGGAUUUCGUG